AGAGGAAGAAGCAGGCAAAACCGCGCAAGAGGAGGAAGCAAGCAAAAGCGCACAAACGGUGCACAAUGGCAGCCUGGAGAUGCAUGAUUUGUUAAAGGUGCUCCUCUGCCACAUUAAUGCAAUUCACGGUCGUUGUCCGGAUUUUUGGGUUUACUGUGGAAUUGAUGGCUGUGAGCAGGACUUCAGAGUUUUUAACUCGUUCUUUCGCUACAUUAAACGGACGCACCCUCUGUAUUUGACGGCUGGGUGCCCACCAAAUGGAUGGAGAACGACCUCCACAUCCCACUCUUUGGGGCAGGAAAAUUUUGGUGUGUCGGUUUUUGCCAGCCAUAUCAUUCCUGCCACAACCAGCACUGUGGAUACAUCGCCUGAAGCAUCUCGCCCUGUAGCAACCAGCACUGUGGAAAUAUCACCUGAAGCAUCUGGCCCUGCAGCACUGCAGCUUCAUGAUGUUGGCGACCCUGGCUCUGAAGAAGCUGUUGCUGUAACAUCUACAACCAGACCUGAUGUUGCCAGAUCUGCUGCUGCUUUUGCCAUCAGUGUCCGGGAACAGUGCCACUUGUCACAGAGAACGGUCAACAGCGUCAUCUUAGGGGUGCAACAAUACCAAGCUGUUCUCCUGGAUACACUGAGGGAGAGGAUGAGAAGGGUCUUUGAAGAGCAUCCCGAGACGCCUACUCAACUUCAAGAUGCGGCUUUGGCUACAUUUGACACAUUCGUAAAUCCUUUCUGCACGACUGCAUAUGGACAGAAUAUGGCCAUUCAGGAACUAUUUAAUCCAGUCGACCCAGAAGAAGUAGUGGUGUCCCAGAAGAUUUGUUGGGUAAAACGAGGUCUUUCAAGGGUCAUGUCCAUAAGAAAUAGAAGUUUUUACUAUGUACCACUAAUUCAAAGUCUAAAGCAGUUAUUGACCAAUUCCAGAAUCUUCACCAUUUUCAACACUGUACCGCAAAGAAGCAGAGAGGGAUUCUUUUAUGAUUUUAUUGAUGGGGCCCUCUUUACAUCUCACUGUUAGGAUUUGCCCCAGCUUCUGCCAUUUUGUCACUUGUCCUCCCUUUUCCUUCCUUUCCUCAUUUUUGCCCUUCUGUGUGGGUUUGGUUUGUGUGCGUCUCUGUCUCCCUCUGUCUGUUGUCUUCCUCUUCUGUCUCUCUCCCUGUCGCUCGUCCCUUGGCUCUAUCGCUUGAUAACUGCAUUACUCUCAGCUGCUGCAAUCAGCUCAACCUCAUUCACCUGGUCCACUCCUCAGCCAUUUAAGCCCUCUCUUUCCUUCUGCAUUUGCUGGUUCAUUGUUCACCAACCCCACACGCUGCCACAGCUCUGUUUCCCACCUGGACAACGCAUGUUUUUGGACACUUGCUGCUUUUUCCCCUUCAUAGAAUUUCCCCACUGGACUCUGCUGUUGGAUUACCUCAAUUUAUGUUUGCUCCUUUGUUUGAGUUCCCCUGUUUUGUAAGUACUUCUUGCUGUUUUGAGUCCUACAGAGUCAGCACUAGUUAAUUUGGUUUUUGCCCUGCUGUCCCAGUCUUGUCGCUGUAGCUGUGUUUUUGAGUUUUGUUAAUAAAACCUCUUUGCUUAUUACUGCCAUCAGCCUGUCUGUUGCCUGCGCUUGGGUUCUCCACCCCCCAAAUCCUGACACUCACCCUUUAUUUUCUCGAAAACCAAAUGCAUUGCAAAUAAUACUGUACACAGAUGAAAUUGAAAUAUGUAACCCCUUAGGAUCCCAUUCUUCUGCAAAUAAAUUGCUCAUGUUUUAUUAUAGUUUAGGUAAUAUUGAUCCAAAAUUUAGGUCAAAGUUGUCUGCAAUAUGACUCCUUGCUAUUGCUAAGGCAAAUUAUAUUUCUCAAUGGGGUGUUGAUGUUGUACUAAAAAGAAUUAUUCAAGAUCUGACACUGCUUUACAAUGGUGUAAGGAUUGAAACGCCAAAUGGUGAAAUUGAGUUGUUUGGUGCUGUGAUAGCUGUAUGUGGAGACACGUUUGCUGGCUUUCAAGAAGGUGUCGGUUUUUCUCAUAGCAAAUGUAGACACUGUGAAUGUGACUUUGAGGAUAUGCAACAUAUUUUUGAAGAGAAUAAGUUUGUUAAAAGAAUGUUGGAAAAGCACAUCAGGCAGUGUCUUAAAAUAGACAAAGCAUGCACAGAUUUCUUGAAAGCAUCCCUUAAAACCACUUAUGGAAUUAACAGAAGAAGCAGACUAGUUGAUAUCCCAGCAUUUGACCUGAUCACACAAAGUCCACAGGAUAUAAUGCACGUUAUUUUUGAAGGUGUCGCGCCAAUGGAAAUUAAGCUUGUAUUAAAACACCUUAUUCUGUCACGACAAAUGGAAUUAGAUGAGUUUAAUUCAGCUAUUCAAAAUUUUCCUUACUCACCUCUUGAUAUACGGGAUAAACCUUGUCCUGUUAGUGCCAACACUCUAGCAGCUAAUGACAACAGAUUGAAACAGUCUAGUGGGCAGAUGCUAAUACUUUUAAAAAUACUACCUUUUCUUUUGGAUGGUUUGGACAAUGAGCAUACUAAAUUUAUUUUGAAGUUGAUUGAGAUAGUACAGAUAGUCCUUGCUCCCAUUAUUUCUUUACAAACGGUAUUACGGCUCAGAAGUAUGAUUGAGCAACACCUGUAUCAGUUCAAACAACUUUUUCCUGAGGUCAAUGUAAUACCCAAGCAGCAUUACAUGUUGCAUCUUCAAAUCAUAUCCCUUGGUCCUUUAAUAAGGAAUAUGUGCAUGCACUUUGAGGGAAAACACUGCUAUUUUAAGCAGUGGGCUUCUAAGUUAAAUUUUAAAAAUGUUUGUAAAUCACUAGUCAAUCACAAUCAGUUUCUUGAAAGUUGUCAGAAUGAAAUAGGCAUUGAGCAUCGAAUUUUUGCAAACGAAAGAGAAUCUGGGCCUGUGUCAGCUGUUACAAAUACUGAAUAUGUUAAGAGAAAAGUCAAAGAUUUUUUUGGGAAUAGAGGUCAUGAAAUCUGUUGUCUCUGUGAAAUGGUAUAUCCUCAACGGUAAUAAGUACGUCAGUGGGAAGUCUAUGAUUAUUGCAGAUGUGGAUGACACUUUGCCAGUGUUUGGACUGAUCAAGGAUAUAUUUUUGAUUGAUUCCUCUUUUGUUGCUUUUGAGUACCAGCGCUAUGAAGUGGCAGUGCCCACUCUUGCACAAAAAAAAUAAAAAUUACAAAGACAACAUGAAAUACAUACAGAAUCAGCUAACUAAAUAUUUUAAGCCUGUUGCAACUAUUGAAAAUGUGCAAUUGUAUCAUGAGUUGUGGGGAAGGUUGUAUGGUUUCUCUUCUGUGUUGUUUGGCCAUGUUUGAAGUCAGAGCCAUUCUAAUAAAUUGCAUUUUGAACAGA